AACACUUUUAAAAAAUAGUUUAGUUUGUGAAAUAGUUUCGUUGUGAGAUCAAAUUUGUGCCUUUUGCCGGCAGUAGCGACGGCUACAACGUAAUACCUAUACAUGUGCCACUUUUGACGCGGGCGUGGGGACGGGCACCACGUAGUACAGCACAAUAGCCACAGUCGUUCCACUUUGACAGUCGUAGGCGUGGGCUUUCACUACCAGAUAGAUAGGGUUGCUGAACUUUAGCCAAUGCCUUUGUCAUCCAACAAACUACACUCGCACAUCGUCCGCACCCCCCCUAUAUAUAACCCACGAACAGAGCAGAGAACGACAGACAGACAGACAGCAGCCAGUUCGAACCAACAACCAUAUUUCAUCUAGCUUGAAACAGAGGCCGGGUGAACUCUCUGCUCGAUCGACAUCUCCCGAACUAUAUAACUUCAUCAACCAUGGUUCGUCCUGAUUCGGAGGCGCCGGCGCCGAGCGUUGCCUACGGAGGCAGCGGAGGCGCCGCGGCUCCGGCGGGGACGAGGGCAGACUCGUCUUUCGAGACCAACGUGGUGAUCAUCCUGGCCGCGCUCUUCUUCGGGCUGCUCCUCAUAAUCGCACUCAACUCGCUGGCGCGGUGCGCGCUCCGGUACGUGGGGCGCGGGGCCGCGCCCGCUGCCGGCGAGGGGCGGGCGUCGGCGCGGGUGACCUGCAGCGGUAGCGGCAUCAAGAGGCGCGUCCUGAGGAGCCUCCCCGUAGAGGUGUAUGGCUCCGGGGAGGACAUCGACGACGUGUGCGCCAUAUGCCUGAGCGAGUUCAUGGACGGCGAGAAGGUGCGCGUGCUGCCGCUCUGCGGGCACGGCUUCCACGUCCGCUGCGUCGACGCCUGGCUGGUGUCCCGCGGCUCCUGUCCCACGUGCCGGCAGCCGGUCAUCGAAGGCGCGCCCGCGAAGGCGGCGGAGACGAACACGGUCAUCACCGUGGUCAUCGUGUGAGUCCAUCUCGCGGCGAAGCAUAUGCCAUUGCUGCCGGUACAGCACAGUCCCGCAUGCGCAAGGUCUUGUGGUUGUGGAAGUUUCCGGUAAUGAUUGCUGCCAUGCUUGUCAGCCGCAGCUUGCUAGUGGAAUGUAUAUAUAUGACCGAAGAGCUCAAUUGUUAGUGUAAAUGUUCGACGGCGCAAAAUGCUCUACUGACAUACUAUGAGUAAACAGUUUUGCUGAGCUGAAUUACUUUGGUCCUGUGUCCCAUUCUCCAUCGCUGUCGACAAGUAGGGUUGCCUUUGAUUCUCCGUCUCUCAUGGGACUAACGACCGGCAAAGCUGCUGUCUUUUUUAAACGGAGUUCCAUAAA